CAAACCUAUCCUGCUUGAACGAGACUGGCUGCCAGAACAACUAGGUCAACUGCAUGUUCCGUGCCAUUCACUCCACUAUAUAAACCCAGGAGGGGAGGACCGAAACCAUCAGUUGUUUAACAAAUCAACCGGGUACAACAAUGAAGCUCUUCAUCAUCGCCGCUGUCUUGGCCGUCGCUGCCGCUGCGCCUUCCAGCUACAAAGCUCCCAGCUACCCAGCCCCAAGCUACCCGGCACCAAAGUACCCUACUCCAAGUUACCCCGCACCAGCCUACCCCGCACCGGCCUACCCCGCACCAGCCUACAACAAGGAUAACAAAUACGCUGACAUCACCGUCACCAGCCAAUCUGACGAGCGCAACAUCGAUGGCAGUGGAGCAUGGAGCUACGCCCUGUCUGACUACACUACCCGCGAGGAGUCCUACGCCCAGAAGAAAUUCCAAGGAGUUACCUACGACUCUUACGGCAAAGAGUCCUACGGUGAAGUCCAGGGACACACCAACAAGGGAUCCUCUUACUGGGUCUCUCCCGAAGGCGAGAAAUUCACUUUGACCUGGGUUGCUGAUGAUGCUGGAUUCCAGCCCAAAGGUGACCACUUGCCCGUCGCUCCCGUCCAUGUCUACGAGCUUCCAGUUGCUCCCGUCCAUGAAUACGAGCUCCCCGUUGCUCCCGUCCACAUUCCCUUCAACGGAAAAGGUUACAAGAUCUACUAAAUUUCUGACACACAAUUGAAUGUUUAAGAUAUGUCCCAUAAUUUAUAUCCGAUAUCGUAUGGGUGGUGUAAAUAAAAACGCAAUCAACAAUA